AAAUGACCCAACCGAGGAGGACCAAAAUUGCCCAGAAUGCAGAAUGACCAGAUCCACCACCUCUGCUCCCAGCUGAAUCGAAUAACUAUUCAAUCUUUAUUCUCGGAAGAGAAGGCAAACCUGGAAUAUCCCCAUCCAACCUCCUUCCUUCCUCCCUUCCGAGUCCACGACUCCACGAUCUUUAGGCGGCCUGCCGGCGCUGUCCCCCCACCCCUUUCAAAAGACAGUGACAGACUGCCCAACCUGAGCCGACUCGGAUGGCUCUGAGCGACCACGACGCUCGCGACGGCGGCGGGGGAAUCGGAGUUCAUGUGGUGGAGGUGGGCGAAGAAGAAGAGUCGGGGGCCGCCGCCGCCGAUGAGAUUUCGCCCCUCCUCGCCGAGGUCGGCGGAAACAAGCCCACCAGGAUGACCAUCUUCUCAGUAUCAUACCCCAAGAACAGGCACAGUACCAAGGAAAUGAUAUCCAGAGCUGCUGAAAGUGAAGUUGCAUUUCUUAAUCAGUUUGCUUUGUGGGUAUGGAAUGAGUCAAGGUACUCUGGCUUUCUAUGUAUGGCUUCCUCUUCUGCCAUCUACUACUUUAUGGAUGUUUUAUUGGACAUUUUUUCAGUCCAAUCUAUUCCAUUAUUUGAAACCAUAUUUACAAGGUGUUUCAUUCUCGUCAUCAUGUCACUUUUGUGGUUGAGAAGGACGGGGCAAUCACUCAUAAUACCGACAAAUGUGAGGAAGAUUUUGAUAUUCAGAUCCUUAGCUGGAUUUUUAUCACUGCUGAGUUUCAUAUAUAGUGUUCAAAAUCUACCUCUCUCCUGUGCAGUAUUAUUGAACUUUGCAACACCAAUUAUAGCAUCAAUUGGAGCUAAGAUUAUUUUAAAGGAAAACUUGGCUUUUAUGGAUAUUGGAGGUUUGGCUUGCAGCUUCCUUGGUCUUCUAUUCAUUUUUCAACCAAUGCUAUUUGUGACAGGGAGUCUAGAUGAACCUGGUCAGGCAAGCAAUACCUUAUUUCUGAGUACAAGAAAUAAGAUAUUUCCAAUAUUUGCUGGUAUAUUUUCAUCAACACUUGGUGGAAUUAGCUACUGCUUGGUACGAGCUGCUGCUAAGGCAACUAAUCAACCCGUGUAUACAGUGCUUUCUUUUGGGAUCCUAGCUUGUCCUCUCUCACUAUUUUGUGCUUAUACUUUCCAGGAAUUUCAGGUGCCUAGUUUUUUCACUUUUCUUCUCAUGAUUGUCCUUGGAAUUCUAGCCUUUUUUGCUGAGACCCUAUCAGCACGAGGGCUCCAGCUUGAGAGAAUUGGUAAACUAACGAACAUUUUAUACUUGAAGCAUUGUGCAGUAGCUUGCAAUAUGUCCUGCUCAUGCCGCAGAUCAAUCCCCUAUAAAGCACGUAGGUAUGAAAUCACCCGAAAUCCACAUCACUUCCAAUAAUAUCCAGAAUGUGCUGUGUAGAAGGUGAAACAUUAUACAGUUUGUUAGUAAUACGUGAUUAAUUUUUCUUGAACUUUCCAUUUCGUGAACAACUCCAAAUGCCUAAGGCUUAAGCUUUUUGAAUUGAAAAAUUGAGUCAUAUUCAAAACUCUCAUUAUGUAGGGUAAUCGACUUAUAUUUCAAGCCUAUGUGUUUGAUGUGUUCCAAACUGCAAGGAAUUGCCAUGGGUCAUCUAUGAAUAGAAUGUGUGAUUAAUAUUUUCUAUAGCUUGUCCUUUGGUUAACAUCCUUGUCUUUCUUUUACCUUAUCGACCCUACUUUUUCAAUCAAGAGAGUGAGAGAGAUUACUUUCAGUACAAGAUUAAAAUGAAAGAUCCAUCACCAGCUGGGAUGGUAUAGGGGCAGUUUGUUUGGCUUUUGUAAGUGUAUCCUACUGAUCUGUACACAAGCUGCUUCAAAGCAAAGUGCGGUAGAGAGUCAAUUUGGUUGACAACAAAUUUUGAAGUAGGCCCCAAAAUUUGGGAUCAGUGUUGGAUUCGGAUGCAAAACUUACUCGAAUGACUUUGCAUAUUACGUCAGUUUGAUGUCUCAACCGGACGAAAAGAGUCUUAUUACAUAUAACAAACAUCAUCCAUCAUCUCCUGAAGUUUUGCAUCCAAUCAUCUUGAGAACAUUUGAGAUAGUGGUAAAAUGCAGAAUUGAAACCGUCGCAAUUUUCCGGUGUAUCGGAGGGUGAUUGAGACACAGGUUAACAUGCGAGGAUUUUUUCUUCUUUUGUAAUUUACCCAUUGUUAUUUUGACUUUGUGCUGACUAGAAUGCA